CGUCUUCUCGGUCUGGAUAUAUCCUUUUACUUCCCAAAUAUCUGGGUGCCUGGAGGUUAUAACCAGCCAAAGCUGUGGCUCAAUGUGAGAAUGAUUAAAUAGCCCUAUUUCUGGACAGAAAAAACAUGGCAGCCCCAGGGAAGGGGAAUCUUUCCCUCCCGGGUUUCCGACCUGAGGCUGGGCAGGAACAGAAAAUAAAAAUAGGAGGAGGAGACCUUGAAGCAGGAAGGAGCUCCGGAAGUUUGGUGCCAGCCAGCCAGGCUGAGGAGGGCAUAGAGUUCUGGGGAAGAUCAGGGGUCUCCAAUUCCGAGGCCGAACGCCGGAGCUUCAGGCGGUUCCUCUACCAGGAAGCCGAGGGUCCACGUGAGGUCUGCCGCCACCUCUGGAAACUCUGCUGUCAGUGGCUGAAGCCGGAGAGACACAGCAAGGAGCAGAUCCUGGAGAUGCUGGUCCUGGAGCAGUUCCUGGCCAUCCUGCCCCGGGAGAUGGAGUGCUGGGUUCGGGAAGGUGAUCCGGCCAACUGCCUGCAGGCUGUGGCUUUGGCCGAGGAUUUUCCGGGCAAACGCCCAAAAAACGGGGGACGGGAAGAGCCAAGGAUGGUGACCUUUGCUGAGGUGGCGAUGCAUUUCACGGAGGAGGAGCGAGCCCUGCUGCACCCAAACCAAAAAAAGCUGUACCGGGAGGUCAUGCUGGAGAACUACGAAGCAGUGGCUGCUCUGGAAACCCUUUUGAUCCCCAAACCGGAGCUCAUCUGCUGGUUGGAAAGGGAAGAACUAAGUGACCAAUGCAUCCGGGAGAAAGAGAAAUCGGGGUGGAAAAAGGAGGGCUUUUAUGAGAGGGAGGCAACGAAGCCUCAAGAUACAGAAGAGGACUUUGUGAAGGAAGAUGGACCGAAGAUACCAGUUGCAGAGGGAGCAGCGAAGUGGCAGGCUGAAUUCCCUUGUCCUCAGGAUGUGGAAUUUCACAGAAUCUCAUCCCACCAGGAAUGUUACAAAGGCAGGAGGAAGAACGAAUGCAGAGUGUGUGGCCAGAUCUUCACUCAUCAGUCGAGCCUGGUGUCUCAUCAGAGAAUCCACACUGGGGAGAGACCCUAUCAAUGCGCAGAGUGUGGCAAGACCUUCAAUCGAAGAACGAGGCUUACCUCACAUCAGAGGCUGCACACGGGGGAGAAACUGUAUAACUGUUCGGACUGCAGCAAGAGCUUUUGUGAAAGGUCAAGUCUUAAUGCUCACCGGAGAAUUCACACGGGAGAGAGACCUUACAAGUGCCUGAACUGCGGGAAAGCGUUCAGCCGUAGCUCCAACCUGAUUGCUCACCAGAGAAUUCAUACAAGACCGAAGCCGUGUAGCUACUCAAAAGGCAACAGGUCUUUCUCUCUUCAGUCAAAGCUUAAGGGAAGGGAUCUGGGCAGUUCCUCAAACUUUAGCAACAGCAUCCGCAAGGAAAGAUUUACCAAGCGCUCAGAAGUGGAUACAGGAGAGGACACGUGCAAGUAUUUUGGCUGCACAGAGACCUUCAGUGAAAGCUCUGGUCUUUUUACACACCAGAAGGUUAACUUAGAAAAGAAAACAUUUGUUUUCUGUAGCAAUGAGUUUUACGACGAAUCCAACCACGUGACCCCUCAGGGUGUCCAUGCAGGAGAAAAAGUUUACAAAUGCUUGGUGUGUGAAAAAAGCUUCAGUCGAAACUGGAGCCUCUUAACACAUCAAAGAUACCACAAAGGGGAGAAACCGUAUAAAUGCUCAGAUUGCAGCGACUGUUUUUGCGACAAAUCCAGCCUAAUCCGGCAUCAGCGAAUCCACACGGGAGAGAAACUCUAUAAAUGCUUCAUUUGCGAGAAAAGCUUCAACCAGAGUACCAAUCUAUUCACCCACCAGAGGAUUCACACGGGGGAAAAACCGUAUAAGUGUUUUGAGUGCGGGAAAAGCUUUAACCAGAGUUCACACCUGAUCCGGCAUCAGAGACUCCACACGGGAGAGAAACCAUACAAAUGCUCUGAAUGUGGGAAGAGUUUCACGCAGAGCCCAAACCUCAUUAGGCACUGGAAAAUCCACGCCAGGGAGAACCUGUAGCCAUUUCGAAAGCUCGGCUGUUCAGAUUUGCAAGAGCAUGAUGCCAUGGAGCUAAAAAGGGAAAAGAAGGAACUUGCCUCAUUGAAAGGUGGUGAAUAUAGUCUUACUGCAGAAGAAUUUGACGCAAAUGUAAGAUCUUACUGACGGAUAGUUUGGUA